UUGUAAAGCACUUUUAUAUUUGGCCGCACUGCAAUUUGAAGGGGAAUUAAAGCACUAGGUGUUCAUAAUCCCACCCUCUACUAAUACAUUUUCCUGAUUACCCUCCGGAGUAAAACCUGAAUUGUACUUGGGCCGUUUCUGAACCUGAAAAUGGAGAAAAUCAGGAGAGCAUCACAUGCUGGUUCAUGGUACACUGAUAAUCGUAAGCCACAUAUAUUUGUCUCUAUCAUUUCUUUUCGUUAUAAUUGGUAGUGUUUUAUUAAAAAUUUGUUCCUUGCUCUACUAUACAGACCUUAUUGAUUAUCUUGCCCGUUUCUUCUUGUUAAUUUGGUGCGAUUCUGAUGGCGUUUCGAGUAAUAGGGAAACUAAUCCGAGGACGGUGUUCAUAAACUUUUAGUUCGGCUCCUUAUGUAAAACUCAUAUUUUCCCUUCUUCGCUGGGAUAAUUUCUUCUCUUCUUCUUUUAAUCAUUGCCCAGAAACUGGAAAAAGAGCUUGAUGAGUGGUUGAGAGAAUCUGGGCUGACCAAGUCGUCUGAUGUACGGGGUGUGAUUGCCCCCCAUGCUGGCUAUUCAUAUUCAGGUCGUGCAGCGGCUUUUGCUUUUGGAAACAUAGACCCAACAAACAUUUCUCGGGUCUUCCUGCUUGGCCCAUCGCACCACUAUUACACUGCAAAAUGUGCACUUUCGAAAGCCACAGUUUACAAGACUCCCAUAGGAGAUUUACCUAUUGAUAUGGAAGUCAUCGAGGAGCUGAAAGCUUCAGGGAAGUUUGAAAUGAUGGACCUGAAUGUUGAUGAGGCUGAGCACAGCAUGGAAAUGCACCUGCCAUACCUUGCUAAAGUAUUUCAUGGGUUUGCAGUGAAAGUAGUUCCUAUUUUGGUUGGUUCUCUUAGUCCAAUGCAUGAAGCCAUGUAUGGAAAAUUUCUGGCAAAAUAUGCAGAUGAUCCAACAAAUUUCUUUUCAGUGUCAUCAGAUUUUUGUCACUGGGGCUCACGGUUUCGUUACACAUACUAUGACAAAACACACGGAGAAAUUCACAAGUCAAUUGAAGAAUUGGAUAAAAGGGGCAUGGAUAUAAUUGAAACAGGAGAUCCAGAUGCAUUUCAGGAGUACUUGUCGAAGACUGAAAACACCAUAUGCGGACGCCAUCCAAUUAGUGUUUUCCUUCAUAUGGCAAAGAACUGCUCGACAAAGAUGAAGAUCAAGUUCCUUCGGUAUGAGCAAUCAAGCCAGUGCAAGAGCAUGAGAGACAGCAGUGUGAGCUAUGCAUCAGCAGCAGCAACCAAGGUUGAUGUUUGAACUUGGAAGAACAUGAUGUGCAUUUUCACAGGGGCUGAGCAGUGUGACCUAUCUUGUUAAACUCGGUUGAACAGGGGCUGUUGGACUAAGCAACUAAUGAUUGGUUUAAUACUGAUGGGCUCUUACCCUCUUUAGUUUCAAUCAAUCUGGGCGUUUGUCUUAUUUUAUUGUGACAUAAAACAUGUGACAUCAUCAAAUGGUUCAGGUUCGUAGUCAUAAAAAGAGUGGAAAUGGAAAUGUAACUGGGUACACCUAUUC